GCCAUUGCUGGCGCCGGCGCCGCAGCUGCAUACCUGAAUGCCAAAUUUCACAUCGGCAAAGAUGUUUCUGCGUUGCGAGAGCAAAGAGCGGUCAUGGCCCUGAUGGCCCAACGCGGCAAGGAAAAUCGACGAUCACUAUGGUACUUCUUCGAGGAACAGACUCUGCUAUCGCCAAACUCACCCUGCUUGUGGUUCCGCCUCGACCCAGGAUCUGAGACUCGCGAAUAUACCUACCAAGAGACUUACGACCAGAGCAACCGCUAUGCGCAGUUCCUACUCAAGCAGGGCGUCCUGCCCGGAGAGCUGGUCGCGACCUAUCUUCUCAACAGCCCAGAAUUCAUGUUCAAUCUGAUGGGCGCCUGGGCGAUCGGUUGUGCACCAUCGAUGAUCAACAACAACCUUGGAGGUGCCGGCUUGAUCCACUGUCUCAAGGUCGGAAAGAGCAAGGUUUUGAUUGUGGACGAGGAUGAAGGCUGCCGGCAGCGCAUCGAGGAGGUCCGGGCACAGAUAGAAGCGCUGGGCAUGAGGAUCAUCUACCUUGAUGCGGCGACGCGCGCGGAUAUCGAUCAACUGCCUCCUGCCCGACCAUCGGACAGCAUGCGCCAGGUCGUGACGCUGGAGUCCCCCAUUUUCAUGAUCUACACAUCUGGCACGACAGGUUUGCCGAAAGCCUGCCCGUUUCAGACACAGCGAUCAUAUGGACUGGGGAGAUCGACUGCGAGGGCAGCCGGACUGACUUCAACGGAUACAUGGUACGACUGCAUGCCGCUAUAUCACGGUACCGGCUGCACGGUAGCGGUCGGUGCCCUCAUGACCGGGAUGAAGCUCGCGAUUGGCCGGAAAUUCAGCGUGAGGAAUUUCUGGCAAGACAUCUGCGACUCGGACGCGACCGCAUUCGUCUAUGUUGGCGAGACAGCUCGGUAUUUGCUCGCUGCACCGCCAACACCACUCGACAAAGCCCACAAGCUGAAGACCAUGUACGGCAACGGCAUGCGACCCGACGUGUUCGGCAAGUUCCAGGAACGCUUCAAUGUCCCGCGGGUAUGCGAAUUCUUCAACUCGACCGAGGGUGUCUUCGGGUUGAUCAACGUCAGCCGAGGACCGUUCACCACCGCCGCGGUCGGCCACCACGGCGCUCUGCUCCGUCGCCUCAUGCAGAACAUCUACAUCCCCGUCGAGAUCGACCUCGAAAACGGCGACCGCAUCUGGCGGGACCCCGAAACCGGCUUCGCGCGCCGCAAGCCGUACGAGGAAGGCGGCGAGAUCAUCGUCGCGGUCGUCAGCGAGAAGCAGUUCGCCGGCUACCACGACAACCCGGAGGCCACGCGCAAGCGCUUCGAGCGCGACGUCUUCGUCAAAGGCGACCUCUACUACCGCACCGGCGACGCCCUGCGCCGCGACGCCGACGGCCGCUGGUACUUCCUCGACCGCCUCGGCGACACCUUCCGCUGGAAAUCCGAGAACGUGAGCACGGCCGAGGUCGGCGAGGCCCUCGGCCGCUUCCCGGGCCUGGUGGAGGCCAACGUCUACGGCGUCGAGGUGCCCGGCCACGACGGCCGCGCGGGCUGCGCCGCCGUGUACGUGCGCCCCGACGAGCGCGCCUCGUUCCCGUGGGCCGGCCUCCUGGCGCACGCCCGCCAGGGCCUGCCCAAGUACGCGGUGCCGGUCUUCAUCCGGCUGGUGCAGAGCCCGACGCCGAUGCACAACAACAAGCAGAACAAGGUCCCGCUGCGGAAGGAGGGCGUGGACCCCGCGGCCAUCGCCAAGGGCACCGCUGGCCGGGACGAUGCGAUCUUUUGGGCGAAGCCCGGCGCCGACUCGUACGUGCCGUUCACGACGCGGGACUGGGACGCGCUGGUGGGCAAGAAGAAGGCGCCGCCGUUGUUCGCCUCCCAGGUGGGGUACCACUGGUUGCGGCUGUCCCAGAAGUCCUUGCGGGCCCGUGCAGAACCAUCCGUCCAUGGCUUGUUGGAGGCUCCGUCCGCGAACCAGCCGUUGGUGCCACCGACAGCAAGGUUGAUGAUGAGAUAG